CAAUUGUCUUUUGAGCAGGAAUUCAACAUCAGACACUCCUUGGAGAACAUCAUCAACAACUACUCUGGCAAGAACGUCAAGCAGUUAUCUUUGAAUGACUUGCUAGAAUAUGGAAACAACAUUGACAUAAAUGAGUUGAAGAUCAAGUAUGCAAAUAUAACUCUAAACAAUUUGUUAAUUCUCAAUGCCAAAAGAAUAAAUAGAUUAAGAGAAUUGCCUUACUUUAUAUUAUUAAAUCCUUAUAUUUCUUUGUCCUAUAAUUUGUACUUGAAGUCCUUUGAGUUGUUAAUCAAAAUUGGGGAGAUCACAAAUAUCAAUCAAAUCGAUGAAUUUCUUGAAAAAUUAAAUGUAUUUCUCACUUAUCACUCAAAUAACAUUCCUACUUUGUCUCAAGGUUUUAAAGAAAUCUUAUCUUAUUAUCCAAAGGACAAAGCAUCAAACUUCUUAGAUCUACAUUUAAGAGAUCGAAUCCUAAUGAAACUAAUCGCUUUGAAUUAUUCAUAUCUAAUCAACCCUCCAAAUUCUUCAAAUAUUGGCAUUAUAGAUUUAAAGCUAAAUAUCAAUAAAAUUAUUCAAAGAUGUGAAGAAUUCGUUAACGAUAUUUGUCAAAUAAAAUACUUCACUGGCUGUAAAGUUGAAAUUAUUAGUAAUAACGAUGAGCUUGAUACAGAUAAUAGCGAUAAUAGUGACAAUGCAAUUGCAAAUACGAAUAAUGACAUAUUGUUCCCCUUUGUUUACUCAAAUUUAGAAUAUUGCUUUACAGAAAUACUCAAAAACAGUUUCAGAGCUCACAUUGAAAACAAAGUCGACUCUGAUAUUCCCAUUCAAAUAACUAUCAUCAAAAACUAUGAAAUAACUAAAGACGAAAACGAUCCCACUAAAAUCACAAGCAAGAUCCCCAUCUUAGAAGUUCGAAUCAGAGAUGUUGGUGGUGGUAUUCAACCGGAUAUCGAAAAGCACAUCUACGACUUCAAUUUCACUACUUUCAAAGACUAUGACAACGAAAACGAUUUCAGUGAAAGAGCUGUCGCAGGCAUGGGCUAUGGAUUGGGAUUAAGUCGAAACUACAUCGAAAUGUUUGGAGGAAGCUUCAAAUUGCAAACGUACUGGGGAUGGGGAACCGACGUCUACAUAACUGUCAAAGGC